UCCAACAUCCCUUAAACGUUUUGUCGUGUUAUUUGGGGGUGUGUUGUUCGGUAGCUGAAAAUGUUGUCACAUUCCACAUGAAAAUGAAAGCAAAUAUUUAUCGAUAGUUGGGACAUAUGUAUAAUGGAUUUAUCCCUUGGUAACUCAUACGGUAAUGGCUUGCUGUAUGCGGGCUGGAACCAAGAUCAAGGAUGUUUUGCCUGUGGAAUGGAAACAGGAUUUCGAGUGUACAAUUCAGACCCUCUGAAGGAAAAAGAGCGGCAAGAUUUUGCUGAUGGUGGGAUUCAUCACAUUGAGAUGUUAUUUAGGUGCAAUUACUUGGCUUUGGUUGGUGGGGGUAAAAAUCCAAAAUACCCCCCUACAAAGGUGAUGGUAUGGGAUGACUUGAAAAAGAAACCUGUGAUAGAAUUGGAGUUUUCAACAGAAGUCCGUAGUGUCCGCCUGAGACGUGACAGGAUUGUGGUGGUCUUAGAUACAUUAAUCAAAGUGUACACAUUUACCCAGAAUCCACAACAGCUUCAUGUCUUCGAGACAUGUCCUAAUCCUAAAGGACUUUGUGUAUUGUGCCCAAAUAGUAACAACUCCUUGCUGACUUUUCCUGGGAGAAAAACUGGCCAUGUCCAAAUCGUGGAUUUGGCCAACACAGAAAAAUCGGCAACAGAUAUUCCAGCUCAUGAGGCCCCCCUCAGUUGUAUAGCCAUGAACCUUCAGGGGACCAGGCUAGCAACAAGCUCAGAGAAGGGAACUCUUAUUCGUGUGUUUGAUACUCAUUCAGGACUCCAGUUACAUGAACUAAGAAGAGGUGCUAACAGUGCUCAUAUUUACUGUAUUAACUUCAAUCAAGACUCCAGUCUCUUGUGUGUAGCUAGUGAUCAUGGAACAGUGCAUAUCUUUUCAACAGAGGAUCCAAAAAAGAACAAGCAACUUGGGAUAGGCUCUGCCAGUUUUCUUCCCAAGUACUUCAGCUCUACAUGGAGUUUCUCCAAGUUCCAGGUUCCAGGAGGCGCACGCUGUAUCUGUGCUUUUGGGGCAGACCCAAACUCUGUCAUAGUUGUUUGUGCUGAUGGAAGUUAUUACAAGUUUGUGUUCAACCAGAAAGGAGAGUGUACAAGAGAUGUGUAUGCCCAGUUCUUGGAAAUGACUGAUGACAGAUCAUAAACCAUCUCAUAUAGCUACAACGUAGCUAAGUAAAAACAGCUUUUUUUCCCCAUCAGUGAAUAUAGUGCAUUGCCAUUUCUUGCAGUUUAUUAUGUCAUUCUAAGCUUAUUUUGUUGAAAAGCUAGUUUUUGGCAUGCUGGUUUGUGAAUUUCAACAAGAAAACUGGGGAUGGGGUACAUGUAUUUCUAAAGCAUAUUUUUUUCACUAUUUUUUCUCUUUGUCAUAAUAAUCUUUAGACUGAAGUGAAAAUGGUAACUAAAAUGAAAUGUAAAUUUUAUCAAGGAAAAUUUAUAUAUUUUCAAGACACAUUGUCACAAUUUAUUUUUAUAUCGAGGGAAAUCAUAAUGUGUAUUUGCUUAUGCUUUUUAUAUAAACUUACUCGAACCAGUCAUUGAUGCCAAAAGUAAUAGAAUUUUAAAUGUACAUGUAUGGGUGUGAACAGUGCAAUGUGACAUCAUCAUCAUCUUAUGACAAAGUUUUUUUUUAUGCUUUACAAUCUUGUAACAAUCAUUUGAAUGUCAUUUUAUUAUGUUAUGCAAAUAAAAUAUAAUGUAAAGAGAAAUUUAUUUAAUGCAAAUUUAAUGUUCAAAGGUAGUAUUGUUUCGUUUUUUUUUUUAAUCCAUUUGAUAAGAUAUGUAGAAGAAGAAAGGGUAUUAUUAUGUUUUCUGUUUUUAUUUUAUCUAUUUGGAUUGAUGAACAAAGUUUUGCAAAAAUUGGACAAUGACAGCGAUUACCUGUUUUUGUAUUCAAUGAAGGAUUUUUGUUGAUUUUUGGCAUUUUGUUAGCUCACAAUAUUUGAUCCAGAAGCUCUUUUUUUUCAUUCCAUGCAACUUGAAGAUUUAUAAUGAAAUGUUUAUUUAUGAGCAUGAAAUAUACAUGUAUUUUCAGUGGUCACCUAUUUCAUGAAGUUUUUUUUUAAUAACAAACAAGGAACAAAACACAUUCCUAAGCAUUUAUGAUGACAGAAUAUAUGUACAUUUUUUGAUUUAUUGGUUUGCUAAACACAUAAACUGUACUUGUGCAAUAUUUGUGAUCAUUUGUUGAAUUUGAAGUAUUUUCUUUCUUACCAAAAUACCAGUAAUUGAAGGAAAGAUUCACCAUGCAUCUAUGAACUUAUUCUUUCUGAGUCAGUGUAAUAAAAUUUAUGUAUGUGCUCUACAUGUAAACUUUAAUUCAGGUUUCUUACUUGCCAACACUGUUCAACAUUUAAAUUUAAAAGGUUGUUUCUGUAUUAUAUACAGGUGUAUUUCAUUUUUCUACUUCAUUAGUCAAUUUUUUCUAAAAGUAAUGCUGUUAUCCUAUUAAGUCUGUUAAUAGAUCAUAUUUUACUUAAGAUAUUUUCUGUUUUUUGAAAACAGUUACAUGUAACCGGCACAUGUAUUGAUUUGUUCAUUUGCUGUUUGGUACCAUUUCCAGCUGCCAUUCAUGUGGAAAUUUAAGGGUAAAAACACACACCUUUCCUUUCCAUUCCUUAAACGUAAUGGAGCUGGGGUCCUGAAGGGGUGGAAGCUCAUUGCUUUUAAGGAAUGGAGAGGUACAAGGAUAUUGGCCUACUUAAAAUCCACUCAUUUAAAUGCUUGUAAUUACAGUCAAACCUUGUAAUCUUGAACUGGAUAGGCCCAAGAAAAAUUCUUCAAGAUAUCUGAGGAUUCAGGGUAAAAUAUAUACUUAAGGAAUAAUUAGUUUGGACUUCCAAAUCACUUUGAAAUGUCCAUGGUAUUUGUGAUAUCAGUGUUUGAGAUACCGAGGUUCAACUUUCUGUCUUUGUAUGAUACAGACAUGUUUUAAUUAGAGAAAUAUACAUUUUAAUAUUUUCUAGUGUUAUAUAUGGCAGAGUGAGUGUUACAAAGUUAUUUAAAUGCUCUCCUGACAUCGGUCUGGGUAGCUUGGUGUGGAGGGUACCCGACUUACAUAGUGAGAAUAUCGGUUUAAUGCUCAGCAUUUCAAAAAAUUUUCUUACUAAGAUGUAACAUUUUACAUUUUCCAAGUUAGUACAAGCUUAGCAAAAAGAGGCACGGGAGAGAAGUUUUACAUGAUAUAAAAACUGUGUUCUUCAUGUGAUUUGCAGCUCUCCAUUCCUUUCUAAAAAAUUACGGCAUGCUCAAAGUCACAGGUGGAUUUAAAUUCAUGAAUGAAUCACAUCAGUAAAUCUUUUGAUAAUACCACGUGUACAUGUAAAUCUUGUGGUCUCUGCAUGAAAUGGCAAGUUACAUGAAACUAAAUGAUUCCCUGAAGUUGAUCAAAAAUGUUGUAGCAGCCAUGUAGCAUUAGUAUGCAUAAGUGUAUUUUUAUGAAACAAAAGAAAAAAAGUAAUUCACUGUUUAAAAUACAAAUGUUUUCUUUUUUAAGUCUUCGCCAAGCAUCUUUGUUUCAAAGAUACAUGAAUCGCAAAUAAAAAUGAACUUGA